GAGGUCGUCGGAGCAGCACCACGGUUGGAACUUCCCCUUCCAGCUCACGCGGUUGCCCCCGACGCUGUCUCGCUACCUGCUCCAGGACGACCAUUGCACCGACUGCGACACGUACGCCUGGGAGGUGCAGGACGGCGACCUGCUGCUGGUCUUCUCCGACGGCGUCCGGGACAACCUCCACGAUGCGGAUACGGAUAUUGAGCAUCGUGGACCGCACCGUGCCCCCGGUGCUGGCGGACCUGGCGGGUCUGCCGGAGAGCACGCGACGCCCCCGGAGAGGGUCGCGCGGGCGCUGGCCUCCGCCGCGAGGCUGCGGUCGGUCGACCCCGCCGCGAGGGUGCCCUUUAACAUCUACUCGCGCCGGCACGGGCUGGAGCGCACGGGUGGCAAGGAGGACCCAGGGACGACAUCACGGUCGUGGCAGCCUGGGUGCUGCCCGAGUGCGACCGCGGCGCCGUCCCGGCCUUCGACGCCGCGCGGGCCCUGCAGCUCGCCCCCGCCGGCCUGCCCCGCGUGGCCGGCACCUGGCCCGACGAGUGAGGCGGCGGGCCGGCCGUGCGCCUCGGCCUGGCCGGGCCUCCCGCGCGCCAGGAGAGAGGCCCAUCGUCAUCAUCGUCGCAUUCAUCCCAACCCCUCCUGGGACAGGGUGGUGUGGCAGCUCAGCUCUGCGCACGCGCGAGCUGCGCUCUCUCGUUCCUCCUCCUCCUCCUCUUCUCCUCCUCCUCUUCCUUUCCCUCUCCCUCAUCCUUCUGUAGUGGCUGGUGCUUUCUGCUUCUGGCUUGGGCCAGGGUUUAAGCAGCCGAUGCGCGUGUCAACCGUCUUUGGUAACCACGCUGCCUAAUCUCCCUCGUUCUCGUCCUCAUCCUCGUUCUCCCUAUCCCCCUCCCAUUCUUCAGAACAGCCUUUCGCGAGGCAAAGCCGUGUCACGAUGAAUGUCCCUAACUCAGUGUUUUUUCUACGUGGAGCGCCGACAUUGUGCAUGACAAGCUGGUUCAGUGCAGGUGGUGCGGCGGCUCUCCCAGCAUACCCCCCCUGUGAGAACGCCUCCUCGCCUCCUCCUCAUCCUCCACCAAACUGCGGCAGCCGCGCAGGUUCGUGGCCAGCGCUGUCGAGAUGAGGCGUACACUCGUCCGUCUACGCAGGGGUUAUGCUUAUUUGUAGUCAAUUUUGCGCCCCCCAGAGAUGAGGCACAUCCUCAUCUGCCCUGGGCUGCCUUCUCUCAUCCGCCGAUGCACAAUAUCUCCGAUGAUUCAACGUCACUGGAAACCGCUGGCGGGGCACGAAGAUCCCGCAGGCUGGCCGUCUUCCGGGCGAUGUUGCGCCCACCGAAGUUUUUUGAAGCAUGCUUUUAAUCUGCCGCGUGGGCCCUGGCGUGGAACCGUCGAUUUAGCAUUUUCAAAGUCGGUGGCCAGCGGAACCGUUGUUUUAGCGAUUUCAAGCCGUCUUGGACCACAGCACGAAGGGUUGGGUGCCACAGCGACGCCAAUCACAAUUAGGACUCUUCGCGCGCCCGAGAAGGUCGGGUGUCUGCCUGUCUUCCGAAUCGUCCAUGCGCUGGAAAAGAG